AUGCCUUCUGGGUCUAAUAUUUUUGACGUUACCUCCUUCAUCAAAGACCUGCUUGCUGGAGGCUCUGCCGCUGCGAUUUCCAAAACCGCCGUGGCGCCGAUCGAACGGGUAAAGUUACUGCUGCAGGUUCAGGCAUCAAGCAAGCAGAUUGCCGUCGAGAAACAGUACAAAGGCAUUAUUGACUGCGUCGUCCGGAUACCCAAGGAGCAGGGAUUUCUGAGUUUUUGGCGUGGCAACUUGGCAAAUGUGAUUCGAUAUUUCCCAACUCAGGCUCUGAAUUUUGCCUUCAAGGAUAAAUACAAGCAAUUAUUUAUGGGAGGAAUUGACAAAGAAAAACAGUUUGGAAAAUGGUUCUUAGCAAACUUAGCAUCUGGAGGAGCUGCGGGUGCUACGUCCCUCUGUUUUGUAUAUCCACUGGAUUUUGCACGAACACGUUUGGCAGCUGACAUUGGCAAAGGUCCUCAGGAAAGGCAGUUUACAGGUCUUGCUGACUGUAUUGUGAAAAUUGCAAAGCGAGAUGGGCCUCGGGGACUUUAUCAAGGAUUUGCUGUUUCAGUGAAUGGCAUCAUUGUAUAUCGAGCUUCCUACUUCGGAUGCUAUGACACAAUCAAGGGUGUGUUACCAAACCAAAAAAAUACUCCUGUGUUUGUCUCAUUUUUGAUUGCUCAGGCUGUCACCUCAUUUUCUGGGAUGUUGUCUUAUCCUUUUGACACUGUGAGAAGACGUUUGAUGAUGCAGAGUGGCGAAUCAGAUAGACAGUACACUGGAACACUGGAUUGCUUCCACAAGAUUUAUAAACAUGAGGGAUUUGGUGGUUUCUUCAGAGGAGCCUUUUCAAAUAUCCUGCGUGGAACUGGUGGUGCUUUAGUUCUUGUAUUCUAUGAUGAAAUUAAGAAAUUGUUCAUUAUUUUGGAAAGCAAAGCUCGUUAA